CUGGAUUAUUCUGCACGUACUCGUCGUCAGCGACGGACGUACCGCACACAGUACUCCGUGCCUCGUAUUCAUUAUUCCGACUUCGUAGAGCUUUACGCCCCGCAACGUCAUCAGCUGCAGUUUCACGUACGCUGCCCGGCCGUGCAAGGGUGUCCUCUCUCACUCUUUUUAGCAGCCCACUUGCCCGCCCAGCUCCCAUCACCCAUCACCCAGCUUACCCGAUACCCUACGGACAAGUGCGUGUCCGUAAUUGGCAAGUCUCGGUCUACUCACUCCCGCCGCAGUCGCACAUUCAGCCCGUAGGCAUAACCCGGAGACGUGCCAAGUGCCCGAAGAUAAAUUAACUGGACGCGAGCGCGCUUCAUUUGAAUGUCAAUCGAUUGACGGCUAGUUUUCCGAUCUGCAGCAGCCGUGCAGUGCGUGACCCGUAACUGUAGCCGUAACGAAUCGGGCAUCCAUACCCCCCCAUCCAUCCGACCCGACCCGCUUUCGCAGGAUAAUUGGAGACACGUACCACACGCGUUCGAGGAUGCGACCUUCAGUGCGAGUGUCCUGCUCUCUUGAAUCCCAAUCUUGAAUCAAAACAAACAAGUGCAAUAUUAAGUGAAAAUGUGUUAGUGUUAUAAACCAGAGUUUUCCGGAAGCAAAGCAACAACAAAAAGUCCAACUUCCAACUUGUAUAGGAUCCUAUAAAUCCAUUUCCCAAUCGUCAUGUUGCCGUAUCAAGCGGCCGUGGCCAUGGACUACGCCGGAUACCAGCGCCAGCCCACUCCCGGUCAUCCCGGUUCUCAUAUGGCAGCCACUAUGGGACCACUGGGUAUGCCCGCGGUUCCAUUCAGUCACAGCUGGAUGGUUCCCACUCAGGACCUAUGUGCCAUGCCCCCAUACAACAAAAUGCCAGGACAUCAGCAGCCGCCUGGACCGGGCAUGCAGCAGCAGCCCAUUGAACCAGGAAUUCUAGAGUUGCGCAAGGAGAAGUCUCGCGAUGCGGCGAGAUCCCGCCGCGGGAAGGAGAACUACGAAUUCUACGAGCUAGCCAAGAUGCUGCCCCUGCCGGCGGCCAUCACUAGCCAAUUAGACAAGGCCUCCAUCAUAAGACUGACCAUCAGUUAUUUAAAGCUGAGGGACUUUUCCGGACACGGCGAUCCACCAUGGACACGAGAGGCAUCCAGCAGUAGUAAGCUCAAAAGUGCCGCCAUCCGUCGCAGUCCCGCCGUCGAUUUGUUUGAGCAACACCAGGGCACCCACAUUCUUCAGUCCCUCGAUGGCUUCGCCUUGGCAGUGGCGGGGGAUGGACGUUUCCUGUACAUCUCAGAGACUGUGUCCAUUUACCUGGGACUGUCGCAAGUGGAGAUGACCGGCAGCAGCAUCUUUGACUACAUCCACCAGGCGGAUCACUCUGAGAUCGCCGAGCAGCUUGGACUCAGCCUGACGAGUGGCGGUGGCAGUGGAGCUGGUUCCUCGAGCAGCGGUGGCGUGGGAGUCGGUGCUGGAACGGGCAUGGCCUCACCCACUUCCGGAGCCUCGGAUGACGGCAGUGGCACACACGGUACGAACAAUCCAGAUGUGGCUGCCUCCAUGACUCAAGCAUCGACCAGUGGCUACAAGGGCUAUGAUAGGAGUUUCUGUGUGAGAAUGAAGUCUACCCUCACAAAACGUGGAUGUCAUUUCAAGUCAUCUGGGUACCGGGCCAGCGAUGCAUCGAGCAAUUGCAACGGUAACAAUAACAAUGCUAAAAAUGUUAAGAAUCCGGGCUCAAACUAUUCGGUGGUUCUGCUACUUUGCAAGCUGCGUCCCCAGUACACCUUCUCCCACAGCCGAAAAUCGCAGCCACCGCUCCUUGGGAUGGUGGCUCUGGCCAUCGCCCUACCGCCACCCUCAGUCCACGAAAUCCGGCUGGAAUGUGACAUGUUCGUCACUCGAGUGAACUUUGACCUGCGAGUGGCUCAUUGUGAACCAAGGGUCUCUGAUCUGCUGGACUAUGCCCCGGAAGAUUUGGUCAACAAGAGUAUGUACUCGCUGUGCCAUGCCGAGGAUGCCAAUCGCUUGCGGAAAAGUCAUACAGAUUUGAUCGAAAAGGGACAAGUGCUAACUGGAUACUACCGACUGAUGAACAAAAAUGGAGGCUACACCUGGCUUCAGACCUGCGCUACCGUCGUCUGCAGCACCAAGAAUGCGGAUGAGCAGAAUAUCAUCUGCGUUAACUACGUGAUCAGCAACCGAGAAAACGAAAACUUAAUCCUGGACUGCUGCCAGCUGGAGCCCAGUGUGGACAGCAUUAAGCACGAGGAGGGGCUUGGAAAUGACAAAAGCAGUGGAUCCCCUGGAGGAGAUGCCGCUGGUGAGGGAAACUCGCACCUGAGCGCCGGGGAUAUGAAGCUGAAUUCCCCCAAAACGGAUUCGGAAGGACACCCGCAUCGGGGCAGGGGACGCACAGCGGCAGCCUCCCACGGAAGCGGUCUGAAUAACCUCACUUUGAUUAAGGACAAUGUCACGCCACUGGGUGUGGAGAGCGACGCCGUGGGAGUUGUACCCACUACCGUGGCAACACCCCUACAAUCGGCCACACCCAACGACGCUAGUUCUGGCAGCGGCGUGAACACAAAGCGGAAACGGAAGACUAAGACUGCCCAGCAAGCCGAGGAGUCGGGAAAGGAGCAAGUGAACUCUGAGCAACCUCUUGCUAAGCUCCCAGCGAUGGAACAGAGAGAUCAGCAGCCUCGGAGCCGACUGCCAUCCAUUGUGGAGGAGCAGCCGGCAUCCUCGGCGGAAUCGGCAGUUAAGGACCUAGAACAAGCGAUGUCCAAGCACCUACCCUCGCCAGUGGCUGUGGCCGUGACCCAGCCCUCGACCGACUUCAGCACGGACUCGCUGCUCAAGCAGCAGCAGCAGAUAGACCCCAACGAGAAGAGUAGCACAAUACAGUGGAUAGGCACUCCGUACCAGCAGCCUCCGGCCGCGAUGCCAGCCACUGCUCUGCUGAGGCAGCUGUAUGCCAAUCGGGAGAGCGUGAUUCGAGCCACAGCCAGGCAGACGCCGACUGGAGUGGGACCGGGAGUCUUCUAUGGGGAGCAGCAAACCGGCCCACUGCCCACGCCGCCUGGAAGCGAGAGCUCCUAUGAAAACCAGUAUCUGCAACUUCAUUCCACUACCUCGGGAGGGCAUCCUGGUAUUCAGAAGAGUUCCGCAGAUGCUUUCACCAACCUGGUGUCUACCUACGGAGGCUACCACAGCUCUAUUGACUAUCACAAUGCCAUGACGCCGCCAAGCUCAGUGUCUCCGCGGGAUUCAAAUCAGCCCGGAAAGGUAUCAUCGGUCCUUACCUCGAACGGUGGCUAUGAAUACGCACCGGACCCAUUAAGGGGGCAGUAUGCCGCACCUUCGGUAGAAGCCGGACCUGCGGCUCUUACAUUGAAACCGCAGGCGUACACGGCCACCAUGCACCCGUCAGCCAGCGGCACCACCACUGAGGGCGGCGUCACCUACAGUAAUCUGGACCAGCCGCAGUACUUUGCGCCGCACUCGAGCUUCCACUUGUACCACAAGACGAGCCCCGCCAGCGGUUGGUACUCCACUCCCUCCUAGGUGCUAGAUGAUCAGGGGCAGACGCAGUGGUCCCAGCGGGACCAGCACUUCAGCCACCAACAGCCACAGCACGAGGGCUCAUCCGCGGGCGCAUCUGAACGAUGGGACUUUGUGGGGGCGCUGGGUAAAGUGGCCAGAAUGUUCUUCAGCGCCAGAAAGUAAGAGGACGGGAAAGAGGCGAGGUGUCCAGUGGAUAAUCCUGUGCAUGGGAAUGAGAGACUAAUUUUUGUAUGUUAUGCAUUUUAUGGAAAUUCCUUCAAAUAGGUUAUUAGUUGAAUUGUGAGGCAUAAUUCAUGUUUGUUUUUUU